AUGAAGGUGUGGAGUAGUUUGGGGAUAAAGGUACUCAUCCUUUUCAUUGUUCAGAUUGUGACCAAACUGGGCCACAGCCAAUGCAGGGCCUAUGGGGGCCUGGCUGUCCUCAGGAAUAUUCCAGGUCUCUUUCCUGAAAAUGUUGCAGAGGCCCAGCUAGAACAAGCUUGUGGCCAACUGGCCCUCUCUGCUCGAAUUGUGGGAGGUUCAGAGGCAGAGGUGGGUACCUGGCCAUGGAUGGCCAGCCUGCAGCUGAUGGAUUCACAUGUUUGUGGGGGUACCUUCAUUUCCUCAAGCUGGGUCCUUACGGCUGCACAUUGCUUUGACAGUGGUCUCACGGAUCCUUCUCUGUAUGCCGUCAUGCUGGGUGCUUACAGUCUCUUAAACCCCUCCCCUGAAUCGGUGUCAGUCCCUGUGAAGACCAUCAUUAUCCACUCCAACUACUCAAAUUAUGGGGCUGGCAAUGACAUUGCCCUUCUGGAACUGGAACAUCUUGUCCAAUUCACUGAUCGCAUCCAGCCUGCCUGUAUUCCAGGACGCUCCAUUGUUUUCCCUCCCAGGAUGGGGUGCUGGGUGGCAGGUUGGGGGAAAAUCAAGCAACAAGUCCCCCUUCCAGCUCCUGAGCUUCUACAAGAAGUGCUACUUCCACUUAUAGAUACCACCACAUGUGAGGGUCUUUACAGCUACCUUCCAGGAACACGCCCAAUUAUUAAGGAUGAUAUGAUGUGUGCAGGAUACAUGGAAGGGAUGAAGGAUUCCUGCCAGGGGGACUCUGGAGGACCACUUCUUUGCCCUUGGGAUGGGAACUGGCUUCUGGCUGGUGUGGUGAGCUGGGGGGCUGCUUGUGCUGCCCCUAGACGCCCUGGUGUCUACACUCGUGUUGCUGCUUAUGACCAGUGGAUCUUGAGUCAUGCCCCAGAAGUGGCUAUCAAUUUAAUUUCAACAAAUGAAGCUGGGAUCAUUCCACCACAUGGGACUGGGAUCACCGGAACAAAUGGGUCCUCCAGCAGUAGUCCUUGGUUCCUGGUGUUCCUAUUGCAUUUUUUAAGCAUAAGCACUGUGCUCAGUGCUGUAUAAACAAGAGAGAAUAUCUGGAUGGUUUUCACUGGCUCAUUUCCUUUCUUUUCCUUUUAUUA